UUUCACUUGGCUGAGUUAUCCAAUCCUAUUUUGUAACGGUUCGUAUCGUUAUAAAAUGCUCCAAAAGCCACUCAAUAUUUCACACUCAUCUUCACACUCACUCACUCUCACUUUACAAUUUACAAACCAAAUUCAAAAAAAUCAAAACACAUAACCAAUGGACAUACUAUCUAAUUCCGAGUUCAUUGAGUUGAUUCCCGGAUUACCGAGUGAACUCGGACUAGAAUGUCUCACUCGUUUACCUCACUCAGCACACCGAGUCGCACUCCGUGUCUGCAACCAGUGGCGACACUUGUUUCAGAGUAAUGACUUUUACUGUCACAGGAAAAAAACCGGUCACACCAGAAAGGUUGCUUGUUUGGUUCAAGCCCGUGAACAGCCGCUUCACGCUGAAGUGGAAAAACCAACUGGGUCAACGCCACCGAGUUACGAUAUCACUGUGUUUGACCCGGAGAGUAUGUCUUGGGAUCGGGUUGACCCGGUUCCAGAGUACCCGCUCGGGUUGCCAUUGUUCUGUCAACUAAUCAGCUGCGAAGGGAAGCUCGUGGUUAUGGGUGGAUGGAACCCAGCGAGUUACGAACCUUUGACGGCGGUGUUCGUUUAUGAUUUCCGAACGAACAUGUGGAGGCGAGGGAAGGAUAUGCCGGAGAAGCGUUCGUUUUUUGCUGCUGGAUCGGGUCAGGGUCGGGUUUUUGUUGCCGGUGGACACGAUGAGAAUAAGAACGCCUUGAGUACUGCUUGGACUUAUGACCCGAAUAGCGACGAAUGGACUGUGUUGGCUCCGAUGAGUCAGGAACGAGACGAGUGUGAAGGAGUGGUUGUAGGCGGCGAGUUCUGGGUGGUCAGCGGCUACUCUACGGAGAGUCAAGGAAUGUUUGAUCAGUCGGCGGAAGUGUUGAACACUGCGUCGGGUCAGUGGAGGAAAGUUGAAGGUGUAUGGGAAGCGGGUCGGUGCCCCAGAUUCUGUGUAGAUAUCCGGGAAAAUGGGAAAGUUGUGGAUCCGGGGCUCCGAAUUGGGGUUUGUAGUGUUAGGGUCGGGUUGAAGAGCUUGGUGACUGGGUCCGAAUACGAAGGAGCGCCGUAUGGGUUUUAUUUGGUAGAAAAUGACGAUGGGCAAAACCGUAAAUUGACUAAGAUAAGUAACGUUCCUCAUGGUUAUUCUGGGUUUGUUCAAUCAGGAUGCUGUGUUGAAAUCUAGUAUAAACCGUUAGAUUGAAAAAGGAAAAGUAUCUCUCUUAAUCUAUUUUAAUAUUUUAAUAUUUUAAGGGGAAGUAUAUAAUCUAGUGUUGUGUUGAGCUGAAAAUUGGCAUUGUAAAUUUGUAAUCUGAAAGCUGAAUUUUCAAAGCUUGAUCAAUCAUUCACUUGGCAAAAUCCAUGUAUGGUUUCGCAGUGAACUUUCUAGUAUAAUCUAUCACAAUUUUACGUUGCUUCAGCAAAAUCAUGGUACUGCAGUGAUUUUGUGAAGUUUUCUAUAAAUCAUCAUUUGUUGCUCAA